AUCAAUUAUGGCGGACGGAAAAGUAGUUGAUCUCUGCUAAAAUAAAGGAAAUGGUUCUUGAAAAAAACAAGAUCGAUUGGAAAUAAUGUCUCUGGCAGCGGCUGAUAAGUUGUUGAAGCUGUUUGAAGCCUUGAAGAAUUAUAGAGAUGGAAUCCCUGUUCCCGAUUCCAACCCUUUGGCAAAGAAAAAGGAAGGUCUCUUGCCGAAAAAGGACAGGUUGUCACACAUCAGUGCUAUCCCAGAGCUUUUAUACUCUUCAUCGAUAAGGAGCAUUCAAGAGUUUCCCAAGCUCCUUGCAAUUGGAGUAGAUACACUUCUGGCAUCCUGUGAUGAUGAUGAAUCAGAUGUAAGGCUUGUGGCAGGAGAAGCCCUCAAUAAGCUUUUAAAGGAACUACUGGAUUCUAACCUUGGAAGGCUUCUUGUUGAGCUUUACAAAGAAAUAAAAAAGAAUGAUGCAGCUAGAAGUUUAAAAGCAGCACUCUUGCGUUUCGCUGAUAUUGCUCAUCUCAUAAGACCUCAAAAAUGCAGACCUUUUGUUGCCAAUUUACUGCCUUGUUUAGGCAGAAUUUGUAUUCGCACAGAAGAAUCAUUACAGGAAGCAUUGGCUACUGCAAUGCAGAAAAUACUCCCUGUUCUUGGUAGCUUUACAAGUGAUACUGAAAUUAAGCAACUGRUGAAAGCAUUCAUACCAAACCUAAAGUCGGCACAAGCCACAACAAGACGUACAGCAGCCUCAUCUCUUGUCAUUAUCUGUCAAAACUCUCGCAAACCAAGCAUGUUUCAUGAAUGGCUUAUUAACAUUUUACUGGGAAUGGUAUUGCCUUUGCAAGAUGUCAAGCCAACACCAGUGUACUUGGGUGUCCUCAACUGUAUUCGUCAAUUGGUCCCCCAUUUGAAUGAAUCAUUCUUGUCCGAAGAUAUCAUGAAAGGUAGCUUUGGAUCUCAAAGAAGCUUCAUAGGUGAAACUGGUGAAGACCACAAAGGAGUCAGCAUUAAACAGCUCUUACAGAUUUACGAGGUGGUGAUGCAAUGCACUAAACACACUGACCACAAUGUAGUCAACGCAGCUCUGGAAACACUGAAUCAACUACUUCGUACUCCACCAUCCCCUUUACUCAAAGUAUUGCUCUCUCAUGAUGGGAUCACACCAACAAUUAAACCAGAUACGCCAGCAACUGAAGACCUUGAAGGUGACCAUGAUUCAGCCGUAGGAGACCUUGAAACAGCGUCCACCGCAUCUACUGCACCCACUGAAACUGACCUCGAGAGCGAAUCCAAUACAGACUUUACUUCAACAUCUGAUUAUGAAUCUACAAAGUCCCAUGAAGAUACCGCCUCGGUUGGUACGACAGCCACCGAUUUGUCUUCCGUCGAAUCCACUGACGACUUGUCUAAUCGGGUCAGAGAGUUACGUGUCGCUAGAGAUUCUUCGUCACCCGAUUUGCAGUCGGUCGAAGAUGUGAUGGAAAGUGAUGAUAAUGAAGACAAAUCUAGUAUCUUACCCGGUCCAAAAAUUGGACGAUCGUUAUCAGAUCCAGGAAUGGUCGUCCAAGAAGAUGACUCUAGUCAAGCUGUGAGUGAAACGGAAGUUGACGCUAGUCUUCAGACGGAAAUUCCCGACGACCUUCCGAUCGAGGAGCAAGAUCGAAUAUGCGACGACUUAGGAGAAUUAAAUCAAGAAGUCGAACCCCUAAGAACAGAAUCUAUAGUAACCCAAGACGUUCGUAUACUUGUUGAGAGUAGCUUUGAGAUUGAUGCUGUUGCAUGUGCAGGGGUCCCCAUGGUACAUAUUGUCCGUGUCAUGUGUUCGUUUUUACUAUCGGGUCGCCCGGGGGAAGUUCUCCCGGACUCUAAUGUCCGUGUUAGUGUCAAGUCUCUGGCCAUGUCCUGCAUAGCUCAGGCAGUUCGCCACCAUCCUGAGGCAUUUUUAGUUGGCGUUUUACCGGAUCAUGGUGAAAGUGCAGGACAGCACCACCGUGAUGUCCAGUUAGUAAGAGAUGUACUACUCUUUAAUGCUCAUCCAGAUCCUCAGCUAAGAGGAGGUCUUGGGUCUGUUUUGAGUAUUCUUAUUGCUGCAGGUCUAAAGAAAGGAAGCUUGGAUUUUAACGGUUGGAGUGAAAAGUGCUGUAAUGAAUAUAACACAGCUGUAUUGAGUAUCGAGAGCCUGUUAUCACUGUUUGGAUGCAUCUUACAGGAUGACUCUCCUGUUGCCAUCAGACAGGCCUGUUCUGCUCUCAAGGUUUGUUUUGCUUCACUGUGUCGAAGUGUUCACUGCCAUUUAGUUCGUGAUCUUAUCGAUAUACUAGUGCAACUAAGGAAAAAAUCUUACUGGCUUAUCAAGGUUGAACUGUUGGAGCUCAUAGAAGUGAUAGACGUAAGGCUGAUAACGUACUUGGAGGCGAACAAGUUUUUCCAAUCGGAUAGCAAAACGGAUACUCUUUUAAAUCAUCUGAGUAUCCAGGACGUUCUGCUGAAGGACGUAGUGUUUUCAUCACUUGAUGAUGACGAUGGCCGCGUAAGACAUGCUGCAGCAAAAUGCUGUGUCAAACUUGUACCAAAAUUACUGCUGAGCACAGGAGAUCCAAGGCAACAGGCCAUUGUACAAGUAGUCUCGCAUAGUGUGGAUGAAUUAAAAAUGAAAAACAGCGACAACAGAGGUAGCCAGCCAUCUUCGCUUCAUUCACAAGCUACCAUCCUCCACAGCUUGUCAAAARUCGUUGCCAUGACAACAGAAAUCCUCAAUCAUUCCACUUCCAAAUACCGCACGAUUGGCUGUAUCCACCUUCUUCAUUCUCUGGCCCAGGCCUACCCCAUCGCCUCAUACCCGGCGGCCUGGGGCUGUUCUGUAGCAGUGCAUUGCAGUAGCCCUAUAUCCUCUCAUUUUUCCAGCACUAACGCCCCUCCUCGACCUGGGAGUCCCAGCAUAUGUUGUACAGGGGGAGGUGGUCCGCUUUCAUUGGUUGUUGGUAAUGUGACGUCAUCAUGGAUCGCCUAUGACCUCAUCGCCCAUCAGAAUCUAUUGCAACUUUCCGGGCAGCUAUUUCUCGGAGUUGCAUCAUCAGGCAUCAAUGUUUCCCUGAAAUCACAAAUCAGCCAUCAAACAGAAGAUUCAACACAUGCCGGCAGCUCUGAGGCUUGGAACGUGUUCAGCGACACUGCAGUUGGUCCUUUGGCUGAAAAAUUGAUCGCACAUCUGAUAAGACUUUUGAACGUGUUUGCCCAUGUAAUAGAUGGAGCUACUCCUGGAGCACAUUCAUUCAAGCUUUCAUUUCCAGGACAAAGCAAGGACAAAUCAUCCCAACCCUCUGCCCCUGGGGGUGCAUCCCAUGCCUCACCCCAUUCCUCCUCGUCAACAACACCAACCCAACCCGUCUCAGCUGUGCCAAAGCGACUUCUCAAGUCUAAGAGAGCUUUGUCCGAAGCAGAUCUACCGAGUUCCGAUAAAUCACCUACCAAGGCAGGGAGUGGAGGAGAGGGUCCUGAUGGCGAGCAAAAGCAUCAUCAGGGUCCUCCCCCUAAGAGUAACAUUGGUACCUUUUAUAACUUACCACACUACAUGAAGCUGUACGAAGUCAUUAAAGGAACGUUUCAAAACUACCAGGUGACACUCUCAAAAGCUUUGCAAGACAAAUUUACCAGUUUUCUUCGUUGCACUUUGAGUGUACUCUCUCACUUCCUGGAAAUUUCCUCAUUUCAAGAAAUUGGCAAGCAUGUCGAAGAAAUUCUUGGUUAUCUACUAGUCUGUGUUAAAGUAGAGCCUUGCAAAACCUUCCUAUGUGUGCAACAGCUUCUUCGCGCAAUGUUCGGCAUCAAUGCUGUCUCUCAACCCGAUCACGCACAUACACCCGUUUACCCUGGUUGCCUAGGGGACACUCUCAUCUCCUUACCCGUAUCCAUGACAACAGAGUAUGUAGAUGAUGGUGGCGAUGGUUUGUACUAUGACUGUUUCGAGCUGCCUCAAAGGGAGUACCUACAAUCCAUCGAGAAGAUGGUUCACAAGGAAGAAGAAUCAGAAAGUUCACUUAAAAGGGGAAUUGGGAGUUUUUUCAAGAAAAUCCGAAGGAGAACGGGUUCAGUAAUUCCCCCGGCUGUCAAGAUAGAUAAGCAAUCACCCAUCCAUUUAUUCAUUCGUCUCUUCGAACCACUCGUGAUACGGGCCCUCAAGGAAUUCACUAUCAGUACUUCUGUCACACUGCAACAACAAGUGCUCAGUCUGUUGGCACAGCUGGUCAAGCUACGAGUGAACUAUGCUCUUCUUGAUGCCGACCAAAUUUUUAUCACAUACAUCCAGAAGCAGUUUGAAUACGUUGAUGCUGGGCAAAUCAAGAACUGUGAUACCUUUCUCCCAUUCGUUUUCCAAUUCCUGGUCUUGCUAUCGUACGAAUGCUUUCAACCCAAGUUCAACCAAGCAAAGGCCAUCGUAGGAAUGCCUAAAGUCAUACAGCUGUGUGACGGUAUUAUGGCCAGCGGACAACCUGCCAAAACGCAUGCCAUUCCGGCUCUACAGCCCAUCGUUCACGAUCUUUUCGUGUUGCGUACUUCAGGCAAGGCAGACGCCGGCAAGGAAGUUGAGACCCAGAGAGAAGUCGUUGUGUCAAUGCUGUUGAGAUUCGUUCAGUAUGCAGAGGUGCUGGAGAUGUUGACCAUGGUACUAAACUGCUACCAACGAGAAGAUGAAGACAGAUGGAAGAAAAUGUCCAGACAAGUCAUUGAUAUGCUGUUACCUAUGCUUGCUAAACAACAGAUUUAUGUAGAGAAUGAGUUUGGUUUUACUGCAUUGCAAGGAGUGUUCCAAGCAGUUUCUCCUGUAUCUCUUCGUCCUGCAGACGUCUUACUCAAGGCACUUUUUGUGCCAAUUCAGCUGACCCAACUGCUGACCCUCGAGCGCUGGCUCAGCAUGGUCUUGGUGUUGCUCUACACCAUACAAGGUCACGUGAGUGAAGGCCAGCUAAUAUCCCGAAUGAAAGAGAUCCAUAUAAAAACAAACAUUUUGAAUGGCUUGGUUGAUGAAACCCUGGACGAACAGUAUCAGAAUCCAGGAGACAGCGUAUCAGCUGAAGAAUCUGAUAAGUUAUUUAGCUUGUUUCUUCUGCAUGUUGUUAACAUCAUUGUUCAGCGUAUUGCGAACCUGUCCAACAUGUUGGCUAAAGACAAUGGACUUGAUAUCUUAUUUCUGCACAAGCAGUUUUCUAGCUUGAGUCUUUCAAUCACCCAUAUGAUUAAAUCAGAGAAUUUUUCUCGAAUCACUACUUCAACGUCUGCGUUAUGCAACAGCCAGCCACCACACCCAUUAGUAGCUGCCAUCAAUUCAUCGUUAACCAAAAUUCUCCCCACCCAUCCCCUGUUAGUCUUACGUUGGGCUACGGUACUGAAGUCGCUAUCGUUCAGCAAUCCAUCCUUCUGGUAUAAACUAAUAGAAACAGGUUCCUCCGCAAAACAAGAAACCAAAGAAACACGUGACUGUGUCCAGCCAAUCAACAGAGAGGCUACACGACAGGCCGCAAUCUUGCUUUAUUGCGAUCUCUUGAUAGAAAAGGAAGCGGAUCGACCUGGGUGUAGUCUAAAUGAAGUAACAAUACUAUUGCAGUCUUGCAUAGAAGAUUUGAUUCGUCUGCAUGCUGAGAUACCCGUUGUAAAGCUUUUUAGUAUUCUUCAUAAGAGUUUGGACGGAAGUCGUGUAUUAAUGGAAACAUUCAUCUCUGGUCAUGCUCUACAAAAAGAAAGACAAAAAAGAGAUAUACCCUACACCAAACAUUUAGUCCAGUGCCUGGCGAACGUACACAGUUCACAAACCUGCCUUCUUCUCAAAAUCCUUGCGGACUUUUUCCUCGAUUCCGAUUGCCGUUCCAUCACACGACUGGUGGAGAGCAACAUUUGUAAACGGCUGGAGAUAGAAAUCUCUCGUCUGAAGGAUCCCAAAAACGAAACUUCUACAGAAGAACUUAUAGCUGUCUGUCACCUGAUGGCAUCCAAGAAACAGAUACAAAGAAAUCCUCGGCUUUGUUCACUGGUUCAUCACAUUUUAGCAUCUUCUCCACGCACACAGACUACCGAACAGGUUACAAGUACCACACAUCUAGUUACGUCAAUGAAAAACUACGUUAUUGAUCAGGAGUGGUUCUCUCGUCUGGCAUCCCACUGCUGCUCCACGGCCAACCCUGACCCCAGUGUACUGCGGGCAAGAAAUGCACAAGAAUCCAUUCUCCUUUUAAGCGCUUUGAACUUUAGCUCUGUUUGUAAUAUUAUGAGUCAAGAGGAAUUCGACGUUGGUCUUCUCGAAGACUGCAUUCUAGUCGGUGUCGAAAGAACACUUCAGUUCACCUCCAGAAGACUGAGCGUAGAGGAAACUGUCAUUAAGCUCUACGACAACACUGAACACUUCGAGAGUACUGGAGUGGACCAUUUAUUAUUAGCAGCCAAACUAACCAUAUUUAGGCAUAUGUACCACGUGGUGCAAGAAGUCGUGACCAACGUUCCAUGUGAAGCUCAAGAAGAGGGCAACUCAUCUUCUCGCAUAAUCAUCGACAAAGACAGUUUUGCUUUUCUUUGUAAAGAUACACAAUGGUGUAGCCGUAUCCUAGACCUCGCUCGUGGGAUUGUAUCGUAUUGUAGUGUCGUCAGCUCGCUUCCUCGGCAGUGUGUCUUAAACGCAGAUGAAAUUUGUUGUCUUUGUAGAUUCAUCUUUCUUCCCCUAGCGAUCGUACAUCACAAACUGGUCAGCGGUAUUCCUCCAAACACUGUGGAAAUGAAGAUAGCAUUAACUUGUAUCGGCAAGCUUCUUCUACUGGAGUACGACCAGAGUGUCAAUGAAGUGGAGUACGUAACAUUAGUUUGUCAAGCCAUCAACCAUGUCUAUACUUUGAUUAAAGCAGUGUCUGUCAACGGGACUGAAAAGUUAAGUCAUGAAAUAUCAGAUGAAGAUCGUCGCCCCUGUGCCGACAGAGAAGAUGAAUUUCAGUCCAUCACCUUAGCCUGUGACCAAAUAUCAGACCUUGUCAACUACACCUACACAUACCUUAGGCCUGGGUCCCAAUCGUUCUCAGUCCUCCCCCAGUUUCUUUACGAGCCUUUCACUCUGGCAAUCGUAGGCUUGGCUAGACGACCGUUGGUCAACAGCUAUGCACGAACACCUCCUCUUGUUUGGAAGCUAGGAUGGAUGCCGACACCUGAGGGACCCCUAAAAACAGAAUUGCCACCUUUACCAAUAGAGAUCCUUAAAGAAAAAGAUGUUCUGAAUGAAUUUGUUAUGAGAGUCAAUAUCUUAGGCUGGAUUAACAGGCAGCAGUUCGAAGAGACGUGGGCAGCGUUACUCGGUGUUCUUAGCUCGCCACCACUUCCUGAACAAGUCUCACAAGAGGAGGACAUGGAAGCCAGCCAUUCUUGUUGUCUAGCAGUCCGUUGCAUUUCAGCGCUUCUUCUCCAGACUACCCUGUACCCGACCCCCGGUAACUGUAACGUUGGGGGAUACCUACACAGCCCAAGACACCGGGAUUUGCCUUUCCUUGGUAGCAGGGCUGGAAAGAAGUUAUCUGUAGUACGCGGGCUCGUGGAAGAAGAGUUUGUAAAUAAUUGCUGCACAGGGACUGGUAAAGCGUACUUAACAAAAGAAGACGUCAAACAUGAACAUUCCGCGAGCUUCCAUCGAUCGAAUAGUUUUGUCUCUAAUCACGGAAACACUGCCGUGUGGACUAGUAACAAGCUCGUAUUCGACAAUCCGCUGUACGGACUGAACGUAGACAGGAUACUUGGUUUCCAUGACUACACGCUUGGACAAAUUUCUCUGUUGGGCCUGCACAGCCAAGCUCAAGCCCAACUACAAGAGUAUCCUGACAGUGACGACGACGCAGCCAUCGUCGUUACCAUUCCUCGCAUGGCCAAACCAGAAAAACUUGAUAUUCGUUCUUGUCUACAAUUUUUACUGGAGCUUUUUGAACAGUGGAUGUCACCUUAUGUUCAGCCCAGGACUCCUCUCAUGCUUUUGUCUGAAGCUACUAAAGCGUUGGUAGUGUUUUCUGAUCUGUUCAUCGAUGGUCAUCACUUUGAAUGGAUCCUAGACACGCUGCUUGAACUUCACCAGAAUCACCCAUCAGAAGAUGACCUACUAAUUCAGUACUCCUUACCUGUCAUCUGCAAAGCACUGGCUUUCUUAAAAAUUGAGGGACAAACUUCUGAAAAAGUGUUCAAGAUUGUGGAAACGUCUUUACGAAGUCCACAUGUUCCCCUUCAGAUGUCAGCAUUAUAUGGAUCCUUGUACAUCCUCGAAUCACACGUGCCCACUGUGGUGUCUCUGUUAAUACCCAUCCUGACCGAGCAUCUUGGACGAAAACUGAAUACACUUCCAAAUGCUGUAAUGCUGGCCCAACAGCAUCUUCUUGUUAUGUGGUCCACCGUAUUUUACCUAAUUGAACAUUACAAUGAUGAAAUCCCAGAUGCAGAAUUCAAAGCCAACAUACUCAAGGUCGCUGUUCGUAUAGCAUCUUCCAAUGAGGAAAGCACUCCGCCAGCUGUGUACCAUGCUAUCAUGAGGGGACUGGAACGACUUGUGGUGUCAUUUGCUUUGUCUUCUUCAGAAAGCGAUUCACUAGUCAAACUUAGUGUCGACAGAUUGUCAAUGCAGAACCCUCAAAGAUCGAUUUUAGCGUUGGGACUUCUCGUGACUUGCAUGUACACAGGCAAGAUAGGUGAUCGGCCAAGUGGCAUUUACCCUCAACCCGAUACAACCGAAUUUCCGACAGAAGAUCGAUUACUCAUCGCCAUGGAAAGAGUCACCGUAUUGUUUGACCGGAUACGAAAGGGAUUUCCUUCAGAAGCACAAAUCGUAGCGCGUGUUCUUCCUCGCUUGCUUCUCGACUUCUUUCCCGCACAAGAAAUCAUGAACAAAGUUAUUGGAGAGUUUUUAUCAAGUCAGCAGCCGUACCCUGAACUCAUGGCAGAGGUACUUUUUAAGGUAUUUGAGGGACUUCACAGCCAAGGACAGAAUGUGGAAGUGAGAGACUGGGUCGUACUCUCUUUAGCCAGUUUUAUUCAAAGAACACCUCUUUCAAUGGCUAUUUGGAGUCUAACGUGCUUUUUUAUUAGUGCUUCGACCAACAAAUGGAUCAGAGCAUUAUUCCCACACAUAUUGGGACGAAUAAAUCAAUUAGAAGAAAUCGACCACAAAUAUUUCUGUGCUGCUGCAAUUGACUUUUACACCAAUCAGAAUCUUGAUGAAACACAAAAACAAUUCUUCCUGUCGACGUUCAAGUCAGUCGCUACACCCGGCUCGGCCUACAAUCAGYUGAUUACCAGCUGUGAAACACAGCCAUUUUUAAGUGAAAUGAUUAAGAUUCAACAAUGAUAGAUAUCUAAAAGCAUCAAAAAAUCCUCAAAACCGCGUCCCCGUAAAAGUAUCAACUACGCAUGCCUGGUCAACAUAAUCACGUGCUAAACCUGGGUUUAAUUUCAAUGUGAUAACAUUUGAAUAUUUACAAUAUUGAUCAUAACAUAAAAUCGCUUCGUGACGUCAUUAUUGAUGACGUAAUAUCUAGUGGCUUGGUGACGUAAUUAUUAGUUCUGUAUUCGCCAUAUCAAAGUCGAAUAAGAAUCUUAUCGUUAUUAACAAAAUAGUAUAUGGUACUUCGAGAUGGUACUAAGUUGAAUUAAGGGACUAUUUUGGAGUUUUUCAUGAUGGGUUGUCUGUGGAAAUAUUGCCCGUGGUGACCUAAGUCUCUGUCUGGAAAUCAAUGCAUUAAGAGUUUAAAACAAGCAAUAUUAUAUUACUAAAUUGCAUAUUUUAGUGCUUUAUUAAUGUAGUUGGUCAUGCUUAAAGUCAUGAAACUAGGAGCAUUAGUUAUUGCAUGCAUGAAGUACUGACCCAAUAUAGAUUGUGAUGAUCCAAAUUUUUACGAAAAAGUUUCUAAAAAAGCGAAAGAUAUUUACGAAUUCUUUGAUUCAAAUUCGAUGAGAAUAAGAGAUAAAAGUAUUGAAAUUACAAUUGUACAGUGAAUUUGCUGUCAAGUAAGAAUUUAUUCUAGAGAAUAUUUGUCAUUGAUAAAAAUUCAAAAAAAAUUAUAAUGAAUAAUAAAAAAACGUAGAAUUCGCGGGA